AUGAAACAGAAAAUAAUCAAGAGAAAACUGGUGGCUUCAUCUUCGACCUCUGCCUCACUGAAGGAAUAUCUCAAAAGAUAUGAAAAUAACAACGAAGAGGAUAAGAAAAAGAAGAAGAAAAAGAAGAAAGCUAAACCAGAUGCGACCGGAGUCGUUGUUGUUGAUGAAGAUCCCGUUUGGCAAAAACAAGUAAAUAUUGAAGAAGAAAAGGAAGAAUCAGAAGAUGAAGAGAAGCCCCAGGUUGAUGAAGAUAUUGAGGUCAAGCGUAUGAAGAGAUUGGAGCAAAUUAAAUCCAGGCGUCCUUUUGGUGCCAUUUCUGAGGAUGGAAGUGGUUGGGUAUCGGUCUCUGCUUCUGAAAACUUGAAUUCCAAUGGCCAAAAGUCAGAAACAAAUCCAUUCCAUCCCUCUGGCUCGGAUCCUAAUUACCUGAAUUCUGCUGAUACUGAUAUCUCUCCUCGUAGGCGUAGGGCUCGUUAUGACACUCCUUCACCAGAAGGUGACCUGAAACCAUCAGAGUCCAUUGCUGAAUUUACAGAUUUGUCGCCCCAACGGCGGUGUCACAAACCGCAUUAUACUCCAUCUCCAGAACCUGAAAGGAAACCAUCACGUUCGUUGGGCCCAGACCCUGAUUUNCAGCGGCGUCACAAACCGCAUUAUACUCCAUCUCCAGAACCUGAAAGGAAACCAUCACGUUCGUUGGGCCCAGACCCUGAUUUUUCUCCUCCUCAGAGGUCUCGUCCCCAAAGGCUGUCAGAAAAUGAAAUGAAGAACUCUGAGGAAAGAAACUUGCCUGACCAAUCUCCUCCUCGAAGAGUUCCACGUGACUAUCCAUAUCGAGAUGAUUCACGUGCCUAUGCUGGGGAAGAUCUUUCACCUCAAAGGAAAAGAAGGAAAGAAAGGUCUGGACUACGUGAUGCAUCGCCUCAACAAUCGUAUGGUCAUUCGACUGAAAUUGAUGCUUCACAUGUAUCUUCAGUUUCAGACCUUUCUCCACCAAGGAAAAUUCAGAAGGAAUCAACUAUUUUGGCAGGACGGCCAAAGACUGGUUUGGUUACUGGCCUUGACAUCAAAGAAGAGAUUGCUAAAACAAAGAAGGAAGAUUGGUUGAGGUUUAAAGAUAUGGAUCCUUCUAUGAGUGGUCGAGGUGCUGAACCUGUAUAUCGUGAUAAAAUAACAGGAGAACGCAUGUCAAAGGAUCAGUACUUGAAGAAAUUGGAAAAAAGAGAAGAGAAACCCAAGGAGAUAAAGUUGGAAUGGGGUAAGGGCUUGGCUCAAAAACGGGAAGCUGAGGAAAAGGAGCGGGAGUUGGAACUUGAGAAAGACAAACCAUUUGCACGGACCAGAGAUGAUCCAGAACUUGACAAAUUGCUGAAGGAAAGAGUUAGAUGGGGUGACCCGAUGGCACAUUUGGUCAAGAAAAAGCAGUCUGAGCCAGUUCUGCCAGAUCUUGGUGACGAUGAGAAGGUGAAAGAAUCGGGCUUCAUCAUUCCUCAAGAAAUUCCUAGCCACAGUUGGAUAAAAAGGGGGCUUGAUGCUGCACCUAAUCGAUACGGAAUCAAACCCGGGCGACAUUGGGAUGGGGUUGAUCGCAGCAACGGAUUUGAGAAGCAGUCCUUCAAAAGGAUGAACGAAAAACAAGCUACGGAAAGGGAAGCCUAUCUGUGGUCCGUUUCUGAUAUGUAA